GACUGUCGCGGCUGGGUGAUGAUUUGCUUACUUGGAGCAGGAUUGAGUUUGGAGCGGGUACUGUGAAAUGUGUAACCAUGAUGUUGCCUGGAUAAUCAGCGGAGGACGUUAGGAGACAGAGGUAAGAACAACUGUGACAGCCCAUACUUUUUCUAAUUUUACUCAUUAUUUUAUCUCGGUUAUUCUGCUCUGAUGAACUACUUCAACAUCUCAGACUUACUGAACAUUUUAGAUUAGAAAUAAAUCCAGUUUUUGCGGCUGUUUUUGCUCAUUUGGUGGUGGAGCGGUCAUGUGGAAAUGGACCUAAGUUUGGCUGCAGCCUGAUUCAUGAUUUCACAAACUUGAUUAAGCAGGGACUCUAUCUCAGACAGACAUCUUUGGACUAUUUUGGACAAAUUCGGGUCUUUUAUCCCCCUCAAAAACACGCGCUCGCUCCCCCUAAACACGGGGCAGACAGUUAAUACGCGCGUGGAGAGGGUUAAUUUGUCGCAAUGUGUUUGGAUAAUAAAGGUGGAUUUGUGCGUGUGCACCUGAUGCGCUCUGAUGUUGCGGUUAGUUGAGGAUGCAGCCUGUCACAGCAUCAGUCGAUGAGCUGCUGAGUGAUCCUCAGACAGCUCUAAUCAUCAUAUAGAGUAUUUUCAUCACUCACACUGUCAUCUAGGUAUUUAAUGUCACUGAGGGGAACGUGCAGCCGUGGCACGCUCGCGCUUCAUUUUCAUGCGUUCAUCGUUCGGAUAGUUUGAUAACUUAUUCAAGGAUUUUCAGCAGAGCGGCUUAAUUGUCUUGAACGCGUCUAAUCAUGAACGUGCACAGCCUAAAUGAACUAAUCAGACCUUAAAGGCGUUUGUUAAUAGCAGUCCUACCUGUUGAGGGCACCAGUGUGUGAGUGUGUGUGUGUGUGUGUGUGUGAGUGUGUGUGUGAGGAGGGUGAUAAAUUGGACCGUCACCUCUCAGUAUGCAGACGUUAUUACAGAGACGUGACCGCUCUCAACGAGACCUCAGACUAAUCACCUGCAAUAGAAACUGUUGCUCUGCGCUUAUCGACCUGUUGUCUCUCUCUGCUUCUUGAUUAAGAUAAAUAAACAUGUUGAGGGUAUGAAAUAAAAAAUCCCCAAAGAGAUCAAGCAGGGGGAUGUUUUUUUUCUUAGAGUAUGAUUCAUUUAUUUUUUAUUUUUGUUGGUUAAAAAAAUAUUUUUAGUGACUGAUGGAUCAAAGUGUGCAUUUCAGGAUAAUUAACCAGACUGGAUCUUCUCCCUGAUCAUAGAUCUACGACCAGCUGAAGGCGGGUGCAGCAGGCAGGACAGCCACACCUCAUGCGCGGGCUCAGCAAAGGUCCGAGUGGAUACGGGUCUGACAAACAUGGGUGUCCUCCAGCUCCACAAUCCCACUCACCCCAGCACGCUCCUGCAGCGGGCCAACCAGAUGCGUCUGACCGGCACUUUAUGUGAUGUCAUUAUCACAGUAGAUGGCCAGGAGUUCCCAGCACACCGCACAGUCCUGGCAUGCACCAGCAAAAUGUUUGAAAUCUUGUUCCAUCGCAGCAGUCUGAGAUAUGCCCUCGACUUCCUGUCCCCCAAGACUUUCCAGCAGAUCCUAGAGUACGCCUACACCGCCUCGCUCCAGGCCACAGCAGAAGACCUGGAUGACCUGCUGUACGCUGCUGAGAUCCUGGAGAUCGAGUAUCUGGAGGAGCAGUGCCUGAAGGUCCUAGAGACCAUCCAGGCGGAGGAGAGCGAGGAGGUGGCGGUGAGGAAUCACAGCUCUGGAGAGCACAGUGACCACAGCCGAGCCCGGCACUGGAGGCACAUGUUAAUGGCCAAGAAGCAUUCCAUACAGGAUGGACCCACCCGGACCACUCCCACUGCUCUGCACCACCUGGCGCUGUACCAAAUGACAGAGAGGAGCUCUCCUGGUCCAGAACCUGGAGCAGCACCUGAACUGAGUCCCAAACUUGACACUGAGGUUGACAUGGAGAAUUCCCAGCAGCCUCAGCACAGCAGCACAGAAUCCCGCUCUGCAUCUCUGGAUCCUGACAGAAGUAUAAAGUCGGAGAACAUGCAGGUAGAUGAUGCCAACGGCUGCGAGGGCAGGUCCUCCAGCACAGGGGAGGGGAGCUGUGUGUCAGACCAGCCCAGAGAUGAGGGCCCGGGGACGCCUCUGAGGGGCAGCGUGAUCACCAGCGCCCGAGAGCUGCACACCAGCCCAGAGGAUGGAGGACAGGCUGUGGGGAACUCUCUGGACUGUUUCCCCGGGAUAGCUGAGAAACAUCUGGCCUCCUUUUACUCCGUGCCCUCCAACCACACAGGGGAGGGGGUGCUGCCGGUGUCCGUAUCAGUGGCUCCGUCCCUGGGUGUGCCGCUGGACCCGAGGGCCUACAGCGGCCUGCUGCACCAGGGCCUGCUGCACAGGGAGCUUCUGAACAGACUGGGCCAGUUUGCGGCGGGGAUGAGGCACGAGAGCCAAACUGCAAGCCAGCAGUGCUGUGGGGAGUGUGGGCUUCAGCUGCACAGCAGGCAGGCCAUGGAGCAGCACAGGUAAAACACACAAAAUCUCCACCAACACCACAUCUUUAAUCCUAAUACCAGCAUUUAUGUUGAUCUUUUAUUACGGCGUAUGAAGUCAUGGAAAAAGUGAAAAGAGAAAGUGUGUGUCCAGGUGAGAUCUUGAAUCGUAAAUCAUUUGUCAAAGCCAAAAGGACAAGGUUCAGUGUCUUUGACAUGUAGCAAUAACAAUGAUAAUACCUCCCUGCACAUCACUUUCACUGACAAAGGUGUGCUACGUCUAAGAACAGAUGUAAGGAAUGUGUUGGUGGUGCGUGUGUAUUUUGAUGAAUAUGGGCUCAGUCAUUGAUUUUGCUGUCAGGGAAAGCAUCGGACAUGUCUCUCCUUAAACUGAACACUUAUUUGGGCUUUAGGACUUCCCUAUUGUGUUAAAAUUCUCCGCGAGUUAAAAGCUGGAAGAGGCGACAGCAAAUAUGUAAAUUUAUUCUCAGGGACACCUGCACUCAUGUCUUCAUCGCAAGACGUCUACAGAAGUUUUUGAAUCGGGGUCUUUGUGGUGGAUUUGAUAUAAAGAGGCCUCGGUGUCACAUUAAGCUGUUAUUUACAAAGGCUUGUUUUUCUAAAUUCUCUUUGAUUAUUUGUGCAGAAGCGUGCCUCACACAACAGGCUGUCUCUCGCAGGCUAUUUGAUAUGCAUUCCUUUGCAUCAGCGGAGAGGAGCCUCUCAGCAGGGACCGGGCUGGACGCUUCAGAUACAUGAUGGAUAACUUCUGCUUAACGACUCGCUCUGUUGUUUUUCCUUCAUUCCUUCUUUAUUUAUGCGCUUGUCAGUUUAGAUUUGUCAUUGUAGUCACAAAGUCAGGGACUAUCUCGGUGACAACUCUCAUUAAUUUGACUGCAGAUGUUAAUAACUGUGCGUGCUUGACAGUGUUUGACUCAUCACUAAUCAUUAGAAACAAGACAAUCUGGGAGCCUAAAGUCCUGAUAUGCAGCUAAUCCCUGAUUAGGAUCAUAGUCCGUCUCCGUCCGAGCCUGUGGCUGACAUUUCAGUGUCUUGCCGCUCCAGAGUUGAGCUGAAACGGCCCAAUGAAAUGGAGCAUCCUGUGGGAUAGUUAGUGAUGUGCGUUCCUUACUCGUGGAGACAGGCGGAGGUCCGCAGGUUGAAGGAGUUGGAUUGGUGGCGGUGCUUGAGGAUGUAAUGAAGUUGCUGUGGGUCUGUAACCAGGUCACUGAGCAUACACCUGGUCUGCGGACUGACAUUUUGUAGUGUUGUUAUCAGAGUAUCUCCUGGCUCUGCUUUAGUGUGAGAAAAUGACUUUGAAUUUCUGCUCAAGUUGUCUUGGUAAGAAAGGUCGAGAAAAUGCAUCCAGAAUUGAAAUUACGCACAAAUUUAAAAGGAGAUAACAACAUAUUUCAGAUUAUUUUAACCUUUUUUAACCUUUAUUAGGAAACAAUAAAUGAGUUUUAAUUAUGACAUUUAUAUUUUGGCCUCAUGGAAUAUUUUGAAGCUUUUGGUGCCUUUACUUUAUCAGAGAGGAGACUGACUUUGGUGUGAUUAACACCCUGAGCUUUUUUGGCCAAGAGGAUGCCCUGCUUUUUUACCUUUAUGAAAUAUCGCGCCACAUAAAUUAAUGUUUGCACUGUUUGGCCACCAACAAACCCAAAGUUUAAGUUUAUUUCAGGUUGUGUGGAUGCUCAGGUGGAGUAACAUAGUUAAAAGUCAGUAAUGUCUGCGUUUAAUCGGCCUCAUAAAGAAAAGAAAAAAACAUGAGCACGAGGCUCUAAAAUUAUAACAUCCCCUCUUUACGCUACUGUUGAUUUCAUGUGUGUUAAAUUUCAUCACAGGACUCAUUUAUUCUGACCACAGAGUGUUUAACUGUGGACUCUUCUGAGGCCAUUUUCUCUGCUGUUAGCGGGGUGAUAUAAGGAUAACAGUACAGAUGCCUUGCAUGCUCGGAUGUGUGUGAUAUGAUAUGAUAGGUUUUGCUCUCGGCGCAGCUUCAGCGAAUCAUCUUCUUUUCUCCUUUUCAUUGCAGUUACAGGAGGAGUGUAUGUGUGUGUGUGCACGUUAUGCCGGGAUGUGAGUUUGAGUGCAUGUAAUUGGUGUGUGAGAGUAUGUGCGUGCAUGCAUUUGUGUAUUCGUGUGCAUGCCCAGUGUCUUGCAGUGCUGGCGGGUGGAGGCACGCGUAUGUCUGCACUCUGAAAUUAGCCAGAUAUCCUAUUGUCUGUGUUCUUUUAGCAUUCAUGCGUUGUGAUUCACAACUCCAAGGGCCUCUUACACUAAUGAUGUUGCAUUCAGCGAGGGAUUCUUGCCUGAAUUAAAACAUGCUCCUCUUGUUACGAGGACAAUGAUGCUUCUGGGUUUGGGAGACCUUAGAGAAAGAAAAAAAAGGCGCAGAAAUGAGAUACUUUUAUUAUCACAAGAGCGCCUUCUUGCUCUGUUCCUUGUCCGUGUUAACACGCUCACGCCGGUGUUUGUGUUUCCGCAGGAGGCUGCAUAACGAGGAGAAGGGCCACGGCUGCGAGUACUGUGGCAAACACUUCCAGGACAGCAUGCGGCUGAGGAUGCACAUGUUGUCUCACACAGGUACUUAGUAACUCUUACACUCUCAUCUCAGAGUAUUCAGUGCUCAUGAAGCCUCUUGAUAGUGCGGCCUUUCAAAUGCACCUGUUCAUACUACAGUUCCCUCCCCCUCCCCUUCCUCCUCCUCCUCCUCCACCUCCUCCUCCCGGUUAGUGCUGCUCCGAAUACUUGGAUCAUGCUUUCUUUUCCAUGCUUAGGUCUGUGUACCUCUCCCUCCUCUCUCCUCUCUUCUCUGUCUCUCUCUCUAGUCUCUCCCUCUCUGUUUGAAUCGUUUCUGUGUUUUUUCGGAGACUCUGGCGGCUCGCCAGCUCUGCCCCUUCUGAGUGAUGACAUCAUCAGCUGCCGGCAGGCCUGGGUGUUCUGCCAGUGUUCCGAAGCGUGUGUGAUGGCUCGCUCGCAGAUGUGUGUCCAGGAACACACUGUACCCAAAUGCAGACUUAAUCAGACCUGACUGCUCUCCCAGCUACUUUAUCCAAAAUAGAGAAAGAGGAGCAGAGGGAGGGGGGGUGGGGGGGAGACAGAGGGAGGAGGAGUGGGAGGGGGAGGCAGAUCAGAGACUAAAAAUGAAACUAAAACACAAAGCUCAGAUGGAAUUUGUGUAAAGACAAGGCGAGGUCCCUGUCCCCUCCGCCUGCUUUUUUGAGGAUUGUUCUGGAAUGACAUUCUGCUGACAGAUGAGAGAGAAUCUGCUUCUUUAUACUUCACCUGAGUCGUCUCCUCUUUCCCAUCCUUUAAACCUCGCGCAUUAACCCUAAACACACGUACUGUCUUGAAACACUCUCAGACCUCGACAACACGCUGUGAUUUUCAAUUGGCGGUGACAUCUACAACAGCAGCACCUUUAACCUAAUUUGAAUUUUUGCAUAAACUCUCUACAUCCCAAUGUGUCAGCCCAUAAUACUACAAAAAAAGAGAUGUGGAUCUCAUUUCUUUGUCACUGUGUAUUUCGGUAUAGCAGCCUUAGAUCCCGCUGGUUGCUAAGGAGCGAGUGCUCCACCGCUCUAAUGGGCUGAUUUGGUAUUCAGCUCGAUGCUGGCUCUUAUUUUGGUAUGCCAGACAAAGUGUUUUGAUGGAGGACGAUUGCAGCCGCGUCUGGAGACAGUUUGAUGGUUUAUGGAUGAGAGCACACUCCGUGCCUUUGACUGCACAAGACAAUGCACUAUGUUCUCUUCUUCCCUUAUCACACAAUCUCUCACAAAACAACACACCACACUGGACAGCGUCACACAACAUCAACAUCUACAACAUUGCCUUGGUGUUACUACUCUAUAAGUCUACUCUCUACCAAGUUUUAUUUUUGCUGUGAAACAGUAACGGUUUGUUUUCAAAAAUUGUUGUUUUUAGAAAUGAACAGAUUGAGGCCUUUUUUGCGUUAUUUGUGUGUGCAGCUCUGGGAACAGUGGCACAGUGUCUGCGUACAGAGGCAUCGUAAGAGUUGAAAGAGGACCACAUUUAGGCUGUAGCGCUCAGAGUUCCCAAAGCUUGUGGGUGUUUUAAUGAGUCAUUUUAACUUCAUUUAAAGCCAGCUGAGCAGAAAAUAGAUCAGUGAAUGAGCCCUGGGCCAGUAUGGAUCUGCAACCGAUUUACAUCUCUGUGAGAGCCAACCCACAUCCAAACAGCUGUGUGUGUGCGCGUGUGUGUGCUUGCAUGUGUGUGUGCGUGCGCAUAUCUGUCCCCAUGUGUCUGUCUGUGCAGGUGUGAGGUGAGUGCAGAACAAGGAUUGAACAUUUCUGCAAGCAGUCUGCAUACUUGUCUCUUUCAUGUCCUCGUCACAAUAGACAAGGGCAUUCCAGAGGUGAACUGGGUGCUGUAGUUACAGUGUAUGCGGUGGGAUUUGGGGUGUUGACUCUGUUUUUUUUUUUUUUUUUUCUUUUUUUUUUUUUUGAUAAAGGGAUGUGCCGUAGGCGGGAAGCGUCUGCUGUAGAGAGAACACCCAGUCCUUCUGUGGCCUCUCAGGCAGACAGUCUGCUCACUGUUCAGAGACUGAUAACAGGGCACGGUAAAUAAAACUCUUCAGCUUGGCUCUUUUUUGUCAAGAAGAAGGGCCGUUGCACCCUGUCUGGUGCUUUUGUUUGUCCUGCGUUGUGUUUUUUUUUUUUUUUUUUUUUACGGCGCUUUCCUCCGCUCCAUUGUACUCAGCGCGUUUGCUUCCUUGUGUUAACACCUGAAAAGCACAAGUGUGUGACAAGCAAAGGGGUCUUUGGUGACUUCUGAAACAGGGUGCCUUUGUUCCUCCUCUCUUGUUGCCUUCUGUAAAUGCCAAAUUAACUGACUCGCUCUGCAAUUAAACACAUGUUUACUGUCUGAUCGGGAAACCUUCUUAUAAAUGUGAUUUCAUCUACAGCUCCUGCAGAGGCGCUGGUGUGUGAUCAGUGCGGAGCGACUUUCUCCUCUGAGGAUGCUCUGGAAGCCCACAGGCAAACACACACAGGUACUUAUAAAUACAUGCUCGCACACGCACACACACUCCCAUAUUGAGUUUAACCUGGCCAUCACGCACUGAGCUGUCGAGUAAGCCGUGACUACAGGACUUCUGAUCAUGGCUCUAAACUUGCCUGUCAUGCUGGCUGGGUUAAACUGUUCCUGUCAUGAUGCUCCAUAAUUUAUCAUCAGGGAGGUGGGAGGCCCUCUCACAUAUCACCCACUAAUAUCUCUUGGCAUGUAAACCCACUGCAUGCCACUUUGCCACAGCCGUUCCUCACAGUGCCAGCAGUACAGCUUCACAGACAUACUAUCCUCACCUCGUCCUGCCUGACAGCACCUGUGGGAUUAUUUACCUCACACUCACAAUAACAUGAACACCUUUUUUUUCUAUCAGCUCAAACGAGAGAGAGUGUUUUUACUUGGGUCUUUUCUUUUCACUUUGUGUCUUAAAUUAAAAGUUGGCAUCAUCAUGAAUCCUUUCUUUUUUAUUUUUUUAAAGCUGCGGUUUGUCUAGUCAACAUGUGAUUUAGAACGAGGACUCUAAAGAGUUUGGAACAAUCUGCCUGAGGAGCCGGAGCUGUUUUGAACUUUUAAAUUGAUUCUCAAAACCCACAUUCCCAGACUUCUGUAUUAUUAGUAACAAGUGCUCUGACAAAAUAAGUAUCAGAGUGACUUACGGUCACUUUGCUUCUGGGAAAAUAAACCAACAGUAGAGAGGACAGAAGACAAGAUUAUAAAAGAGGGAGAAUUAAGUGCAACUCGCUUUAAAGAGAAAUCCGUUAAAUCAAGAUAAGUCAUAGAAAACUCGUAAAAGAAGCCAUUUUAUUGUAAAAAUGUUUUUGCUUGUGGGACUAUUUUAUUAUCAGAAUCAAGUUAUUAAGGAUUAAUAAGUUGAUGUUUACAACCUUAUUGAUGUCAGUAACCUGUACAUACAGAAAAAUACUAAAAUGAGACAUGUCAAAAAACACCAAAUCUCACAAAGCUGUAGAUUCAGUUCAGUGCCAGCACAUCAUCCCCUUUGACAUCUUCUCAGAUAAGCAACAGCCUACUGGCCAUGACAUUAUUAUAACUUACAGUUUGUUGGUUUAUUUUAAGUAGAUCUGAAUGUUGAAGUAAUUUCCAGCCUCUCUAGUGUCAGUAUUUUCUUUUACAACAGAGAACUGAAAACGUUUAGGUUUUUGGACAUUCGGUUUGACAAAUUAGGCCACUUAGAAAAGGACUCCACUUCGAAAUUUUGGCUUUUUUUCUGUCAUUUAAUCGCCCCGCUGGGAAAAAAUAGCGAUGGAAACCUGUGAUCAACUUGUUCAACUUCUGUAUUACAUCUUGUAAUUACCGGCUGACAUGAUCUGUGAUUAAUGCUAAUUCAUUUAACACAAUCCAUGACUAAAUAUAGUUGCCUUUUGUCCACGGCUGAGAUAAGAUUGUGGUGAGACAACGUCAAUGUUAUUAAACACACACAACAGUGUGACUGUAUCAAAAGGCUACAUUACAGAUGAAGAAGAUAACUUAGAAAAGGGCUUGAAGCUCCUGUCAGGAGUUUUCACGUUCAUAAAUCGGACUGAAAUCUAAAUUUAAGAGGUAAUAAGAGAAAAAAAAAGACACGCCAAUCAACAGUCACAUGAUUUCCUACAAACAUUUUCCACAUUUACAACACAUUUUCAUGUGGCGAUAAAAAUACACACCUAUUAACUUCAGCGUAUCAUGUCUGUAAAUGAAAAUAAACUCAAGUGGAAAUCUCCUUGAGGACAAGAAAGUGGAAACAAAGUAUAAAAACUGUUUUUUGGGCUCGAGUUAGAGUUUACAGAGACAUUAAAGACAUGAGGACAGCUUAUUCCCAACAAUGAGAUAAUUGAUGUGAAUAAAGUUGCUAUUGACGCCUUGUAUUAAAAUGUUUCUUUACUAUUUAUCAUGAUGUAAAACAAUCAAAGUGAGUUAUAAUGAAAACGUGUGUUUGAGUGAAAUCUGUCCAGUACUGUCAGAGGUUACAUAUGCCUGGCCGUGUCUGAAUCCACACCUUUUCUGCUACUGUCAGAGAAAGGUGAUCACCCUCCUAGGAGCAUUGGCAUGUAACUGUAACUCCAGGUGGCACACACAGUAUGAAUACUUAAUGGAUGUGGACAUGGAGGGGUGUCAACGAUGCCCAGAAGUUUCUACCCUCAUCUCUCCCAACUUGUAAACAUCCAGAGCUCAGUUUCAGCUUGGCAGAGUAUCGUCAGCACAGCGAGGUACAGAAGGGCAUUACUCUCGCAUUUUGUCGUGAUCUCAGCUCGGCCUGCUGUGACGCAUGACCUUAUUUACUGACUCAUAUCACAGUCUGCACUGUCAUAGGCUACAGGUAAUUUAUCAGCUAUUUGAGGUUGUGUGGGGAAAUUGUGACAUUGCUCAACUCAUUGCGAAGAAUUACACUGAAUAAAUAUUGAACCUGGAUUUUAUUCCUCCUAAAACAGGAUCUUUCCGUGCUUUAGUGCCGACUGGGCAGCCUGGGCUUUAAUUUGCCAUGUGGCAUAACCAGUGAGCCAAAUGAGUUUCCUUUUAGCAGAUUAACACUUGCCAGACCUCAGCAGCUGCAGCGCUGCUGUCCACCUCCUCAGGAGGAGAAAUAAUACCACUUUUGGGAAAUCUUACUCUAAAGCAAUUUGGCAACACUAACUACAGUUAAAGGCUCUUUAGCCAGUUUGAUAUGUCAGAGGUGAAUGGCCGUGGGUGGCUUAAGUUGGAGAUCAAAGGGGGGUUGUUGGGGGCGGGGUGGAGUGUGGGAAGGGGAGGGGGGGAGGGGGUAUGUGAGGACUUCCUGGGGGCAGGAGGAUUGCUGCUGGUGUUGGAUGCCAGGACUGAGAGGAAAACAACAUCAUGUGCUGCUGUUUACUCCUCACCACAGCUCUGUCAUAGUCUCCUCUGACCUACUUGUCAGUGCCCAAAAUAAAAGAAUGGAUCUGUCUCCGAACCGCUCUCACAACAAAGGGGUUUGUUUCAUCAGAGCAAGUUGAGGCUCUGGGGCAACAAGAUUUCAAUUUUGGAAAAACCCAAGACCGUAGCUUAUCUACCGCACACACUGAAAUUGACCGUAUAUGCUUCGAACCAUGCUGGCCGACCGUUUUGCCACCUCGCCUGCGAGGCAAAGGCCAUAAGAGUGGUGCCUUUGUGCACUCACAGCAGCUGCACUGUUUCCACACAUUACAGGCUGCUUCAUCAAGUGAAUAAUAUUACCUUCUGUCCAAGCACUAAUUAAACAGUCCUGUAGCCCAUUCACAUACAGCACAGGCUUUACAAUGCAGCCCUUUUGAUGUAGACCUUUUAGCUCGCCUAAUAGUGUGUCUGUCAUCAAGCUCUCCCCUGUUAAUACUCAUGUAACUCGUAUAAGCCCUAAACUGAAUUGAACCGUUAUCUCUUUGAACAUGGUGCCCCCAGUAUUUUAUUUGCACUGCACUGUCAUUACACUCACAGCCCCGGAUGCCCUGUCUAUGUAACAUACAGUGAAUUAUAGCCGAUGUAUUGUAAACAUUCCAGGAAUCGAGGCAAACGAAACGGCGCGUGACCUCAAUGAACCGAUCCAUUGGAUGGUGGUUAAACACGAGCAACGUAUCUCUUGUUGCAUUAAUUAUUAAGUCGCUUGUUCCUCUCUCGGGUAGAUUAGCAGUCUACUGAUGAGAGCCCGGGGUUGUUUAAGGUACUGUAGCGUUUGUUCCUCUCACAGUGCUGCCACAUCACUGCCGUGUCUGCAUGAGCACAUACAGUAGCAUGAAUGCACAGGGUCAUGUGAGGUCCAGCACAUAAUGUAGCCUGAAUGACUGUGUGUGCUUAACUGGGAGAUAUCAGUGAAACAGCAGACGGUGAGCGCACUGUACUCAGCACGGCCUAAGGACAGAGUUUAUAGUGACUUCACAUUGCAUACUCCCGCUAGUCACUGAUGUAAGAUUGUGUGAAGUGAAUCUUUUUUUUUUUACCAUUUCAAGGAUAACUUUAAUUCAGCAACCAUCACAAAAUACUUCAUAGAUCAAAUUCUGGAGAAGAUGUUAUUGUUUGAGUUACAGCUCAGGAUGAAUGUUUUGCUUCUGUGUGUUGCAGCAAACACGAAGACAAAUGACUCCUAAAUAAAUCAGUUUAAUUGGAGGGCUCUGAGCGCUGAAGUUAAGAUUGUACAGGCGAAAUUAUACAGAUUUGCAGUCGUCACUGAAUGCAAACUCUUGUUCAAUUUGCAGUGGGUUUACUCCCAGAUUCUCAGGGUGGGAAAACUUUUGUUCGGCACCUGAAAAGAAACAGGCUGCGCUUAUUUGUGAAUGAAGGGAUUAGCCUGAACACUUCACCCCAACAAGGACCAUGAUCCUAUCUGGUUGCCUAGACACAUGGUUUUGUUUCUUAGGCAGCGUGAGAGCGUGGCUGGCUCCCACCUCAGCCCAGGCUGAAUAAGUGGCAGAUGCAUAAAGGCAGACCAUGUUAAAUCACAUGAGCGUGCGCAUCGUCUUACUGGAGAUACGUGGAAGUGGUGUAACAAACUAAAAGCGUCCUGAGUUACCGAUCUAAUUAUACAUUCGACAGGCAGCUCGGGGAAAUAACACACACACACACACACACACACAGUAAAUGUUUAUAUUUUCAGCCUCUCGCUUAAACCUAGCUCAUUAUUCCCACUGUUAAGGCUCCCUCCCACUAAACACAAUGCCCAGUCAACUCCGCGGCCUUUGAGGAAUACCAUUGAUUACAUGGUAUUUACCCCAUUGAGGACCAAGGGUCAGGGGUCAUCCUGUGCCUUAAAACACAAAUCCCAGGCCCAUUGUCUUGUUGAGGGUGAGAAAGCAGGGGGCAAUGACAGCCAACUUUAGGGCUUAUUCUCUCAUAAAGAAGCUCCUCUGCACUUAUUACCAAAGCUUACUGGAAAACUCUACAACUGCAAAUCCUUUUUGUUUGAAAAGUUAACAGAGCGCAGCGAGGCGAAAUGCCACCACUAACGCACAAACACUUCCUCGGCUCCAAAGGUUUUUUUUUUUUCUUGUUUUGUUUUUUAUUUUUUGUUUACACUUCAAGAUAUUAUUUGUUAUUUUUAUUUUCAGCACCGCUUGCGCAGAAUAAAACCAAAAACGACUCCUGAGCUGUUGUCACUGUGUGUCAACCUGAGAUCAAGAGUGAGAUGCUUGUGACAGAAUAUUUGUCACAAUUCUUUUCUCAAGUUUCAGUAUCGUUGGUGACAGAAGGAUCAGGAUAUACAUCUGUGACAGUCUGCGCGAGUGUGUCAGGGAGUUAGGCUUUACCUGCACAAAGAGGAGGAGGAAGGGGGGGAUGUUCAACUUUCAGAGCAGACAGAACAAAGUGAGCAGACUGCAUUAAAACAAGCGUUUACUAUAUAUUAUAUUUAAUAAAGAGAGAGAGGCGAGACCAUGAUUAAAGAACCUUUGAAGUAUCUACAAGGUGGAUAAUAUGUUAUUCAGUUUGUUGAGGGUUCUCUGCCUGAAGCUAAACCGACCUGGACGUAUUAGAGAGAAAGAACUCCCCCUGCUGGCUCCUGAAAUAAUCACCACAAAAAAACUAAAGAGUGGCUCAAGCCUCCACAUCAAAGAUCACGCAGAGACUGAAAUCUGUGCUUUUUAAUGUCUUCAGCCAUUUUUUCUCCUUUUUUUUUUUCUUUUUAGAUAGAUCAUUAUCCGGACUCCACUGAUGCACAGAGCAGAGCGAACUUACUUUGGUUAAGUAUGACUCAGGCAGAGAGAGAGGCUGGUUAGACAGUGAAAGGGUUUCCUGGAUGGUCAGCGGAAAAAAGGGGAGAGGGGAGGGUGCAGAGGCGUUGAGAAUGGUGGGUCUUUUGUCUCCAACUAAAAUAUUGUGAUCUGUGGGUGAGAAAAGGGCUUUGGUCAUUAGGUGACAGCAUAAAGACAGGGAUUGCAGGAGUUACGUGAGGAGCCUAUGACUAAUGGGCUUGGUCAAUGAGGGCCUGGACCUCAUUGUGUGCCCUUUGUGUGGAAGUCCACAGGCUAAAGCCUCCGAACAGGUGCAGUUCAUUCCAGCGGAUCGCCUCCACGCAGGAUUGUUAAGAUCAGGGGAUGGUCUUUCAUCCUGUCAUCCUUUCUGUUAAUGAUUAAGAAUGAUCAGUUCUAUUAGUGUCAGGAGGAUUUCAAAAAAGAGGGACAGUCAUCUGAAAGAGGAGGCUUUAAUGCUCGUACACCAAAUAGUAUUUAUCCGUGAAAUGCAAAGUCUAAAAAAAGCGCCUGGCUUUGUUUGAGCAAAUUGUGAUACGUGGAUUAGUAAACAAUACACAGUGGAUGUGUCUGAUUUAUCCAUGAAAAUGUGAAUUUGCUCCAUUUGUUUCCCUUUCUCUCCACUCUGAACAGGCUUGUCUGUUAACUUGAUCGAACCUAAAGCAAGUGUCUGACACUCUUCCCUCUUAGUAUGAGUGUGCUGUAUCCCUUUCCCUGCGUUAAUUCCAAUUUAAUUGCCAGUUGCCUCAAGGCACUUCAAUAACAGUAACAAAUGAUUUGAUUUAGUGGACCUCAUCAGACUGCAUUUUAAAUGCGACACAGCAACCCCACUUGAAUUCCAAUGAAGUGCUGGCACAGUCCUCUGUUUACUAAUGAUCCUCCGCUGGAGAUGUCUGAUUGAAUCUGAGUCAGAAGCAAUGGGACCUGCUAGCAUUGUAAAUGAUCUGCAACCUGAGCAGACAGAGAAAUAAGGAGCUCAUAAUCUCACAUUAAAGCUUCACUCUGCAGGACAAGCACAUUAUGUCCAACACCGCUGAUUAACCAGUCCCUCUGUCUUGCCACAAAUAUGAAUAUACAUCAGUGUAAAUGCCAGAGCAGAUUUGAGAGCUGGCGUUCACAGCCUGUAGAUCAAGUGUUGACUGUAUGACAGCCAAUGGAUCUUCUUCACAGAGCCAUUUUGACUUGAGCUACCCUGCCAGCGUCUCCCUAUCUGUAUUCCUCCCCACACUCUGUGCAACAGGAAAGCAGCCCCAAAGAGAUGCCAGGUCACACACAGGAUUAAACUGGAUUGUGUUUUUUCCUGCAGUCCUGCCUUUAAUGGCUUGAUAUCACUACUUAACAUUCUGCACAGAGCGCAUAGUGUAGGCAUCAUUUAGGGUGGAGCUACUAUCAGCCGCUCUUUGAGCACACAGACAGAGGACUUCACAGGCUGGAGCUGACUCCUGAUGGGGAAUGAAGAGAAUAAUUACACAUCUAACACACCAGGAAGGAGCCAUUGAUUGUGUGAUUGGCAUGCUGUGCAUUGUGUGGGAAAUUCUUAAAGAAAACAAUGACUUUCAUGGUUUAAAAUAGAACGUAUAAAGACUCACAGUUGAAAGUGCCUCUGGGCUUUUAGGGGAGUUAGUUUAGGUAGAGGCACUUGCUCUUUGAAAGAAGCUUUUCCCUCAGAGGACUCACACAAAGUUGAAGUGACCCAGUUUCCCCACUUAAGGCCCUGUCUGUGUAUGGUACUGAAAUAACUGUGUCUGUGUCUUGUGCGUUCUCCAGGGACUGACAUGGCGGUGUUCUGUCUGCUGUGUGCGAAGCGCUUCCAGACCCAGAAGGCCCUGCAGCAGCACAUGGAGGUCCAUGCAGGCAUGCACAGCUACAUCUGUAGCCACUGUGAGCGCCCCUUCCCCAGCCACACCACCCUUAAAAGACACUUGCGCUCGCACACGGGUAAGAAGAAGAAAAAGAGAGAGAGAGAUCAAACACAGCAUCAUCCAUGUGUGUGGUGUUAUUUCCUGUCGUAAAACAGACAUGCAGUGUUAAACGCAUGCAUAUAUUAGAGGAAAUGUUCUAUUUAGAAAUGCUGUAUUUAUUUUGGUAUUUGGGUUAAUUUCCUCAGGUUACCGCUUUAAGGUUUUAGUCAAUUUGCAUGCAUCCUCUCCCACCCUCCGUUUCCCUUCUCUAUAAGAUGACUCACCUCUCUGAUGACAGCACUGUACCGUUAUGGCCGGUGCAUAUUUUGGGCAAUUUCAUCCUGUUUAUAUUUUGGGUUCUUAGACAGCCUUUGGGCUUCUGCAAUUCACGGCUGUCAGUUCUAGUGUGGUUCACCCAAAAUGAUAGAGGAAACCCAAAUAAAUAUUGAAGGAAAAGCAAAUGGAAAUGACUUGUCUGUGUGUUCUACCGAGGGUGAGUCUUAGAGCCGCAGGAGACGGAGAGAUAUUUACUGAAAAGAUGUCCCCCUUUCUUCCUUUACCUUAAAUAACACUCCCAGCUGUCACGACGACUUGAUGUCUAGACAGGAGAAAUACAUAAUUGAUGUGAAGAGACAGAAGUGAAGGGAGUUUUGGCCAUGGCAGCGUAUCUUGUUUGUAUGCCAUUCUGCUUGGAAGUAACAUUUUGUAAAUGUCAUCUGCUCCACAGUGGGGUGGGGGGAUUGGGGAGAAUCGGCCUGUAAUGAGGAGAGCAAUGUAUCCUCUGACUUGGCUGUUGCUGUGGACACUGAGAUAAUGAGGCACAUAGGUCAUUGGAGAUGAGUCAAAUCCUCAGCCUAGGAGAGAAAUAGAUUAACUACUGUAUAGAGAACAGAGCAGCACAUGCCUGGAGGACUUUUAUUAGCUAUUAGCAGACAGCCAAAAGGAGUGUCCUCGUGUCAUAACAUUAGCGAUGUCUGAAAGCACAUUAUUUCCCCGCUUGAUAUGCAUGUGCAGAGAGGGCUCCGUGACGAUUUGACCUAUGCAGCUUCGUACGCACCUAACACUGUCGUGACGAGGGUGAAGUUAUCUUUUAAUGCCACGUCAUGGUAAAGGGCUGUGUCUGUUUGGUGGCCGCUGUUUUGACAUGACUUUGUUUGCAGGCGAUCACCCGUUUGAGUGCGAAUUCUGCGGGAGCUGUUUCAGAGACGACGGCACGCUGAGAGGCCAUAAACGCAUCCACACGGGAGAGAAGCCUUACGAGUGCAACGGCUGUGGGAAGAGGUUCAGCCUCAAACACCAGCUAGAAACACACUACCGUGUACAUACAGGUGAGGGUGCAGAGACGAGAGCGCAACAACACACAGAAGAGACGCAUAACUUUAAAUAUCAAAUGAAAGUGCAGGUGAUCCUGAUUUUCCCUCUUAUUCAACCAAGACUGCAUUCAACAUUCCUACUAUGAAUUGUAGUUUAUUUUGACUCAACAGCAAACACACUAUCACACUGAAAUUUCACUUUACAUCUAUUUGUGUGCAGCUGAAAUUUUGUGCUUUUUGUAGAACUCCAACAUACCCUAAAAACUAAAUUUCCCAACUGUGUUAGUGUAGAUACAUACAAAUUUACUCUAUGUAAUUAUAAAAAAUUCUUGAAAAAAAAUGGAUACUUGUACAGAAAAGUCACAAUAACAUAUUAACAGUUUUGGCCUUAAAACAAAAUAAAACUAUGACUUUAGCAGUGUUCCUCCAAAGCAGUAACCUGUCGCUCAACCUUUGUUGUGCCCUUCCUCGCUUUGACUGAUCGUGUUUUCAUCAUGAUAUGGCCAUGUUCACAAAAUUAAGGAUAAAUAAGAUAAAAAUUUGACCGAUUUAGCAGUUUUUUUUAACUUGAAGUUUGUAGAGAACCUUCAAAUUUAACCACUAAAUGCACACAGUACCAGGUUAAAGUAUGGUUACUUGAUAAAAAGACAGAAAAACAUGACAACACCAAACACGACCCAAAAAAUGUCUGUUCUCUUUACUCAAAUAACACAAAAGGGACUUUAUUUAAAAAGUUCUCUAAGUAAUAAAAACUCACUUUUAGCAUGGGAGCUCUCUUUAUUUUAUAGCAUAUUAUAAUCAACAACUUUUAUGUGUGUUUUGAGUCAGAUCUCCACCUAUCCAAGAAGAGAAUAUUUUUGCAUCAUUGUUGCUCAUUAUUGCACUUUGACUAUCUAGCUGUGUAUUCAGAGUUGGUAUUAAGAGUCAAAAAUGAAGAUUUUACUGAUUGUAAUGAGUGAAUGCAGUUGCUAAUUAAGGAGGCAGGAUUUUCUUGAUAAUUUAAAAAAAGAUAAUGUAGCUUCAAUGAGGUGUAAUGAGAUAUUUUGACUAAAAAUGAGGCAAAUCUACUCAAUGAGAUUUUAGUUUUUGUGGUGUUGACGUUCAGUCAUGCAGUUGAUGGGAAGCUUGUUUGUUUUUAGAGUUUCUUUUACUGUGAGAAGUGAAAUAGGAACAAUACAACUGAAUUCUGACUUCCCAGCUCUGUGUACUCUCCUCUUGAGCCGCUCAGUUAGCCAGUUAAGUCUUUUUUUGUUACAAAUAUUUAAUGACAAAGUCCUCGUUUUUGUUCUGGAUGACGCGAUCGACCGAUAAGCAGGUCAGUGUAGACGUAAUCCUCACACACACACGCAGAAAAACACCACAACAAGGACAGUGGACUGUACCAGAGCUGAAUCCUCUUUCACCUGGCAGGUGUCUGGCUUCAGGUCUACAAGGUUAAUGCCGUGUUGUUGAAUUUUUCAGGUGAGAAGCCAUUUGAGUGUAAGCUGUGUCACCAACGGUCCAGAGACUACUCGGCCAUGAUCAAGCACCUGCGCACACACAACGGAGCGUCUCCGUACCAGUGUACCAUCUGCCAGGACUUCUGCCCGAGCCUGGCCGCCAUGCAGAAGCACAUGAAGAGCCACAAACCUGAGGAAGUGCCGGCCGACUGGAGGAUAGAAAAGACUUACCUGUAUGUCUGUUACGUCUGAGCGGGACUUGGACUCGUGCACAGUCUGACCCACAUGCUCACUGCUGGGUGAAAACCUCGUAGCUCCAGUGUUGCUGAUUUUUCAUCCUGAUGGGUUACAAACGUUUACCUGUAGGUUGAAAAAAAGAAUAAAAAUCAGACUGUUUUUGAAUGAAAUAAAAAAAAAAAUGCAAUGUAGGUUGUUGUUAGAGUUCUGGGAAACACAAGGUUUUUACCUGACAGCAGAGACAUGCAACUAAGAAUAAAAAUUUGUGUCGACACGAGGGCUGCAAGAAAUGAUCAGUUUCAUUUUCAAUUAGCUUAUUUUUACUACUGAGCGAAGAAUCUUCAGUGUGAAAAUGUCACAUCUUGGUGUCAAGGUGUAAAAUUUCAAAUAACUAUUUUUGUCCAACCGACAGUCGAAGCCAAAAGAGAUUCAGCUUACAACGGCAUAAACAGAGAAAAAGCAGCAAACUCAAAAAAAAUAUGUCUGACACGAUCAAUCGAUUGAUCAACAAAUAGUUCCCCGGCGCCUCUUUCUCUUCAGCCCUGGUGCGCACAAACACGUUCUCCCUCCUCACUCGCAGUUUCAAUGAAAACUGUAACUUUAAUGGUUCCACUGUGGUUAGAUUUAAAGCCGCAGAGGCUGUGGCUGCUGACCUGUAUGUGUAGCAGCGGCUCUUUGAAUGCUUGAUUGAUUGAUUGCUAAAGCAGACAACAUGGGUCAUCUUUUAUGAUUGUGCAGUAGAUGUUGAAAAUAAUUCCAUGAAGGCUUGACUGGCUGAACUUUGCAACACUUUACUCUCCUAAACUCUUGUGACUUUUCAGUUUUUUGUUUGUUUUUUUUCUGCUGUUGGGUUUUUAUUUUGAAGUUGUUUACUUCCUGCAUGUUUUACUUGAAUGGCUGCCACGUUUUGACCUCAUAAGCUUGAUCUCUUUAAUUGCCUUGUCUUUUCUUGCAGUGGGUGACAUUAUUUCAAGGUAGCUGGCUUACAAUUUGAGUUUCUCCUGCAAUGUAAGAGGUGUUGCUAUUUAUAUGUUGUUUCUUCGUUACCAAAUACGUGCUGGUUUUCAUCACAGUCGGCAUCUCUCGGGAUGAUUUCUAGUAGAGUGAGCUCUACCUCCUCACUUUUCACCGUUUGUUUUAACCUACUGCAAAUGAUUCAUUCAUCUGUACUCUUAAUUUUUUCCAUCAGAUAAAUCACCAAUUAAAUGGUCAAACGGUGUGAAAAAAAAAUUCUAAUAGCCACAUCAUGGCUUUUACGUGUAGUUUUGUAUCAUUAACUAUAUAUAGAUGUCUUCUAAAAUCACAAAAUCAGAAUUUUCUAGGAGAAAAUUGAAAAAAAGACAACUUUUUUUUAUAAAAGCUGGACAGAAAAUUCUGAAAUUGAAUCACUAUGAGCAGGUUAUUGUCAGUUCUAGUGUAGCUGUAAUGUACAAACUGUCAUUGUAUGUUAUUCCCCUAUGUGAGCCUAAUAUAGGCCUUAUAGAAUAAAAACAUGUUGUAUUUUUGUAUUACAGUAAUUUGCUAUCUGUUUACAUUUGGUAUGAUUUGAGAAACAUCUUAAUGUGUGUGUUUUAUAAGUCUCUGAUUCGAUCCAGACCCCUCCCUUGUGCCUCUUUUCUAAGUAGAGCAUCGAUGUGCUUGAGUACAUGGGUCUGUGCUAUUGGUAGUUGUUUCUGGGUGUUUGUUUAUUGUUACUUAAUUAAAGAUAGACUGCCAUGUAGAUCCACUUUGUCUGAACAUUGCAACCAGAGGCAACUUACUGUGAUAGUGGCUGGUACUCUGAGACAAGCGUGUACUUGCUUCAAAUUGUUCCCUUCAAAGUGGCGACGGACUGAGAUCUUUGGGUUGAUAAAAAAAAUCGUGUGUAUAGCAAAUCUUGGCAUCUGCGGGCAUGAAGAAUGCCUCUCUAAGUAGCCAACAACACUCAGUGCCAUGAAAAAACACACAUUCACUGUAUCUAUUCUACAUGAACAUGCACUAUAAAUGGAUUUCCUUGGUGGACCAAAAGAAACAGAGCACUUUUGUUUGAAAAGGGUUUUUUUCUUUAAUCUUUCUAUGUUGUGAUAAUGCAGAUAUCCUUUUAUUUGAUGUGUCCUAGAACGAUGUGAUUAGCAUUGUUUAGAUUAUGUCAAUGUCUGUCUACCUCAGGGCCAGAUCAAAGCUCGACCUGGUGUCCAAUCAGGGUUGUUCUUCUUGCCAUGUGUGCAGUAAAAUCCCUCUUCAUUACAGCUUUGUAACACAGUGUGUGAAAGUGUUUUUUCUCAGUGUGGAUUCAGGCACAACUCUGUAUGCGUCAGUGUUCGGUGGCAUGGUUAAAAAAAGAAUAAAACAAGUUACUAUUUUAUGCACCCUGUCUCAUUUGCC